CCGGUGCGCGCGCGGCCAGCCGGUCGGGAGCAGAGCGGGAGUGAGAGAAAGAAGAAGAUCAAGAAGCAAGAAGAAGCUCAAGAAGGGUUGAAAGCGGAAAACCAGACAUUAGAUACUCUCGAGGGUUUAAAGAGCUGUUACAGAGAAUAAGUCUAGCAAAAAAAAAACAAACCAACAGACACACGUGAGCGCGCGCGUACCGGAGGAAGACGACAUGAUUGAGAUGGAGAACUCGGUACCGUACGAUAACGGCUUCUAUCAGGAAGAGUACAUGAUGCAGGAGGACGAGUGGGACCGAGACCUGCUGCUGGACCCGGCCUGGGAGAAACAACAGCGCAAGACAUUCACUGCGUGGUGCAACUCCCAUCUUCGAAAGGCUGGCACGCAGAUCGAGAACAUCGAGGAAGACUUUAGAAAUGGCCUGAAACUCAUGCUACUGCUCGAAGUCAUCUCAGGUGAGCGGUUACCCAAACCUGACAGAGGGAAAAUGCGAUUUCACAAAAUAGCCAACGUCAACAAAGCUCUCGAUUUCAUCACCAGCAAAGGAGUCAAGCUCGUCUCCAUCGGCGCUGAAGAAAUCGUGGACGGGAACGUGAAGAUGACUCUCGGAAUGAUCUGGACCAUCAUCCUGAGAUUCGCCAUUCAGGACAUCUCCGUAGAAGAAACCUCGGCUAAAGAAGGCCUGCUCUUGUGGUGUCAGAGGAAGACGGCUCCCUACAGGAAUGUUAACGUACAGAACUUUCAUGUCAGCUGGAAGGACGGCCUGGCGUUGUGCGCCCUCAUCCACAGGCACAGGCCCGACCUCAUCGACUACGCCAAGCUCAACAAGGACGAUCCUCUGGGGAAUCUGAAUCUGGCAUUUGACGUGGCAGAGAAACACCUCGAUAUUCCUAAGAUGCUGGAUGCAGAGGACAUCGUGAACACUCCUAAGCCUGAUGAGAGAGCCAUUAUGACGUAUGUGUCCUGCUUCUACCACGCUUUUGCUGGAGCAGAACAGGCUGAGACUGCUGCUAACCGGAUCUGCAAAGUUUUGGGGGUGAAUCAGGAGAACGAGAAGCUGAUGGUGGAUUAUGAGAGACUGGCCAGCGAGUUGUUGGAGUGGAUAAGGCGCACGACCCCCUGGUUGGAGAACCGUGUGACGGAGAAGUCCGUGGCUCUGAUGCAGCGUAAGCUCGAGGAUUUCCGAGAUUACCGUCGCCUUCACAAGCCGCCCAAAGUGCAGGAGAAAUGUCAGCUGGAGAUCAACUUCAACACUCUGCAGACCAAACUGCGCAUCAGCAACCGUCCUGCCUUCAUGCCCUCUGAGGGGAAGAUGGUGUCGGACAUAGCGAGCGCGUGGCAGGGCCUGGAGCAGGCGGAGAAAGGCUACGAGGAGUGGCUGCUGACGGAGAUCCGGAAACUCCUUAGAGUCGACCACCUGGCUGAGAAAUUCCGCCAGAAAGCCACCACUCAUGAGACCUGGGCCUCAGGUAAAGAGGAGCUCUUGACUCAGAAAGACUACGAAUCUGCUUCACUGAUGGAAAUUCGAGCUUUGAUGAGGAAACAUGAAGCAUUUGAGAGCGAUCUCUCGGCUCAUCAGGACAGAGUGGAGCAGAUCGCUGCCAUUGCACAGGAACUUAAUGAGCUGGACUAUCAUGAUGUAGCAGCAGUGAAUCAGAGGUGUCAGAGUAUCUGUGAUGUCUGGGACAAGCUCGGGACGCUCACCCAGAAACGCCGCGAGGCGCUGGAGAGGACUGAGAAGCUUCUGGAGACGGUGGAGCAGCUGUUCCUGGAGUAUGCAAAGAGAUCUGCUCCCUUCAACAACUGGAUGGAGGGGGCCAUGGAGGACCUGCAGGACAUGUUCAUAGUGCACACUAUUGAGGAGGUCCAGAGUCUCAUCACAGCCCACGAACAAUUUAAAGCCACUCUCCCGGAGGCGGACUCAGAGAGACAAGCCAUCCUGGGCAUCCAACAGGAAGUGCAGAAGAUCUUCCAUAGUUACGGUAUCCGUGGCGACCUCACCAACCCCUACAGCACCAUCACCAUCGAGGAGAUCAUGAGCAAAUGGGACAAGGUGAAGAAGCUGGUUCCUCAGAGAGAUAGUGCUCUGCAGGAGGAACUAGCACGACAGCAUGCUAACGAGAGGCUCCGGCGUCAGUUUGCUGCCCAGGCCAACAUCAUCGGCCCCUGGAUCCAGAGCCGGGUGGAGGAGAUUGGCCGAUGUUCCAUGGGACUGGGUGGGACUUUGGAGGAUCAGAUGACGCAGUUGAAGCAAUGCGAGCAUGUGAUCGUCAGCUAUAAACCCAACAUCGAUAAACUGGAGGGAGACCACCAGCUCAUCCAGGAGUCGCUCAUAUUUGACAACAAACACACCAACUACACCAUGGAGCAUAUCCGUGUUGGCUGGGAGCUGCUCCUGACCACCAUCGCUCGAACCAUUAAUGAGAUCGAGACUCAGAUUCUGACCCGCGACGCCAAAGGCAUCAGCCAGGAGCAGAUGAGCGAGUUCCGCUCCUCCUUCAAUCACUUCGAUCGGAAGAAGAAUGGCGCGAUGGACACUGAUGAUUUUAGGGCGUGUCUCAUUUCAAUGGGCUAUGACCUGGGAGAGGUGGAGUUUGCCCGGAUCAUGCUGCUGGUUGACCCGAACGCUACCGGAGUCGUAACCUUCCAGUCCUUCAUCGACUUCAUGACCAGAGAGACUGGAGACACGGACACGGCAGAUCAGGUGGUCGCAUCCUUCAGGAUCCUCGCUGCAGACAAGCCGUACAUCCUGAUCGACGAGUUGAGGCGGGAGCUUCCUCACGACCAGGCCGAGUACUGCAUCUCCAGGAUGCCACCUUACGCCGGGCCCGGCUCCGUGCCGGGAGCUCUGGACUACACUGCCUUCUCCACCGCCCUUUACGGCGAGAGCGACCUUUAACCUCACACACAAACGCACACACAAAAAAAAUCAUUGAUCCAUGAGGGCAAACAGAGCACCAAUGCUGUUAAAUAAGGAUGCACGUAAAAUAUUUUUAAUGAAAUCUAGCCAAAAUCUUUUCCUGAAUUUGUCACAUUUUUGAGGAAACACAAUUUUGGGAAUUAAAAAUAAAAUUUAAUUUGAUUCUCUGGAUUAAUCACACAAUCCUUUAUAGUCAUUGAUGGAAAUAUUUACCACGAUAUUGAAUGUAUUGCUUUAACCACACAUACACUGCUAUAGUUCUACACUGUUCAUGGUUUAGAUAUGAAAAUGUAUGUAUCACAUGCAUACCUACUAGAGUGUGUACUAUGAGUUAUGUUUGUCUAUGUCUAAGUGUGUGUGUUUGUGUAUGUGUGUGUGUGUGUGGUUGUAUUUCCACUAACAGGGAUGUCUAAUAACAGCAUAUACUGAAGCAUCAUCUUCAUACAGUAUUGAGAGCAGGUGUGUGUGACUUACGCAAGAUUACAAAACUACAUUAUCAUUUUAUUUUUCAUAAAUUAUAAGAAUCAAAAAUGACUAACGUUAAAAAUGGUCUUUUAAUGUGUUUCUGUAACCAGCUAUGGGACUGCUAACGUCACGCAAUACUGUAGCAUUACAAAGAAUUUACCAUUGAACUAUUUUGCCAGUGUGAAAUAAAAACAUUAAAGAAUAA